AUAUUAUUACACAUUAUUAAGGGACAUUUUAAUUUUAAGCUAAUUUAACAUUAUUUUAUUUAAAUUUCAUUUUAAUUCAAUUGUUAUCGAUUAGUUUGUCCUUUAUUUUAACCAGGUUUGAGUAAUUUGAAUUUUCUAAUUUUUAAUAAAAUACACAUAAUAUUCCACAAUUUUAAAGAAAAGUAUAAGAGAUGUUAAAGAGCUUGAUCAGAAGACCGGACCUUCACAAGGGGAAGCUUGUGGGAGGUUUUUCUUUUUUGAUGUUUGCCCUUCCAACUUCAGCAAUGCUGUUACUUCCACCACUCGCCCGCUUCUUCGGACUUGGACCAACUUUGUCUAUGUUGACUGGUGUCACUACUUCAGUGGCAAUGGUGAUCGGAUUGACUCUUCUGUAUGCUUGGAUCGCCUACAAAACCGACGAUAAUUCCGAACAUCCCGCUAAAUUCAUACUCAAAAACACCAAAGUUGACUAAUCUCAUAACUCUUUCACACAAUCUACCCAAUUUCUACCAUUACAGUGUCUACAUAAUUACUUCUCUUUAUAUAACUAUUGAUGGAAUGAACUUCCGACAACAGCGUUAACUAUAUUAGAGGUAAAAACGUGAAGCUAUUAGAAAAAAAUUAACUAAUGAAGAAACACAUUUAACUAUAUACAACUACUGUUAUUGGCAGACAGGUGUUAUAUUGAAACAAGAUGAAAAGGAGAAAAUAAUUAUAAAAAUUGUAACAAUUUUUUAAAAGGGUAUUAUAUAAAAAUUAUUAUAUAAAAUUCGAAGAAUAAGAGGAUAUUAAACUGGCUAGGAAUAUUAGUAUAAGAUUCUACUAUAAGAAAAUGAUAUAAAGACAAUUUUACGAUAAAAAUAACAAAAUGACACUUAAUUUAGUGGCAAUUUAAUUUAUCGAUGAUAUUAUAAACUGUCUGAAUGAUUUAUUAAAAAAUUCCCAAUAUU